AUGAUCGAUCAUCUUGCCGGGCGGCCCAGUCCCUCCUGGAAACGUACUCAGGCCCGUCUCCUUCAUCCAUACCUUGGCCUUAGCCCAAAUGCUAACCGUAACGCACAGGUCUUCCUCGUUAUCUUCUUCUGGGCCUGGCGCCUCGCAUUAGGCAACGCCAACGCUCCAAGAAUUCUCUGGCUCAGAAAAAUAAACAGAUACCUCAAACGAUUCACACCAUGGCAGAUCAUCGUCUCCGUGCUCACCACCAUGUACGCCGCCCGGAACAUCGACAAGAUACUCGGUCUCGGAGCCCCUGAGCCUCUUGCUCGGCUGUAUUCGCCAUCGUACUAUCGCGCUACGUGGAUAGUCACCGGCCUAGACGCGGGCUUCGCCACUGCCAUGUCCAUCCGGCCCAAGUGGCUCAAGGACUUUUGCUCAAUAUUAUUCUCGGUAUACUAUAUCAUCUACGCCACCGAGGCUGAUGAAAAGCUCCGUCGCUUCCGUGCUGUCCCCACCGUCGAAAUGCUCCGUGUCACCUGGGAGAAAACGACCAAUCCCUACCUCCGCAUCGCAGGCUACCGCCCCUCGCUCACCCUGCGGCGCAAGUUCCUGUUACCCCGCCCCGCUCGAUCAGCGUACGACCGCCCGAUCACGGUGCACAUCUUCUUCGCGCCGGCGCUGCCGCAGCUGGCGCACGCGACGGACCUCAUCCUCGACUUCCCCGGCGGUGGGUUCAUCGCGAUGACGCCGGAGCACCACGAGGACCGCCUGCGCCUGUGGGCGAUCAGGACGGGGCUGCCGGUGUUGGCAGUCGAUUACGGGAAGGCGCCAGAGUACCCAUACCCAUUCGCGAUUGACGAAUGCUUCGACCUAUACCGGCUGCUGGUCGAGACGAACGGCAAGUGCGUCGGUAUGUCCGGGCAGAAGCUCAAUAUCAUCAUGUCCGGCGACUCCGCCGGCGCAACGAUCGCCGUAGGCACAAUGGUUAGAAUCCUCGAACACAACCAAUUCCUCACCCCAUCCACCUCCGCCUCCGCCACCACCUCCGCCUCCACAUCCCCCUCCGUCUCACCCUCCACCUCGAUGUCCGCCCCCAUGCCUCACCCAAACCCGAACCCGCAAACACUCCCACACCCACGCGCGAUCGUGCUCAAUUACGCCGCGCUCGACUUCAACUUCACAUCCUGGAUGUCGCCCGCGCACCUCGCCGUCCUUCGCUCCGAGCAGUCCUCGGGCAACCUGCCCGGCCUGCGCGAGCUCGCGUCGCAGAAGGACCAUCUGCAGCACGUCAGCCCGCUCUCGAUGGUCGGCGACGGUAAGUCGAAGAAGGGCAAGGGCAAGGCGGUAGUGAAGGGCCGGAAGAGGGCGAGCUCGGCGACGGAGAGGCUGAAGCGGCAUACGAGCUGGAGGGAUAUUAUACGCGAUUUUGCGGGCGGGCAAACACAAGGCCAGGGAGAAGGUGAGGGCGAGGGCGAGAGGAAGAGGGGGCAGACAGAGCCGCAGCCGAGAACGCAGAGCUCGAUGUCGGCGCCGAACACGAUCUCAAAGGCAAACGCAGAGAGGAAAGCGCCAGCGCGGCCGCUGCUGCGCACGCGACACUCCGAGUCGACGUCCUCACUGUCGAAGCGCGUACAACGCCGGUCCUCCGUCAAGUCCUUCACCGAACCGGACUCAGGGUUUUACUAUGCAGACGAGGACACGGCCUCAGACGACUCCGAGGCAGAGGCCAACGAAGAGGACGAAGGGUACGCUGAAGGUUCUUCCGCUUCCGCUUCCGCCUCUUCGUCUGCGGGCCCACAAACGGGCCGCACGCGCGCGCGUACAGCGCCUGCGUCGUCGCAUGCAAGACGGGAAGAAGAUAGACCGCUGGCAGAGCGCGUGCGCUACGUGUACUCCGGAACCAGCACCCUGAAGCCGACGGCGUCGACGCUCGAGCAGCGGCAGGAGGAGCUCGAAGCCGCAGUCGCCGCUGCUGAUGUGCGCGCUGCAGGCAAGGGCAAGGGCAAAGAGCCGAUGCGAGGAGAAGAAUAUCGAGGAGGCAAGAGUCGGGCCAGCGAGCCCAUCGGCACGCGGCUGACGAUGACGAGCCGCACGGGGUUCUUCCAGGACCGCAUCAUCUCGCCCAGCAUGAUGCGCGCGAUGGCGAUCAUGUACAUCGGCCCGCACCGCAACCCCGACUUCGCGACCGACUACCGCAUCUCGCCCAUCCUCACCCCUCACCAUCUCCUCGCGCAGUUCCCGCCGCUGCUGAUGCAGUGCGGCGAGAAAGACCCGUUCGUGGACGACACGGUCAUCUUCGCCGGGCGCGUGCGCGAGGCAAAGCGCGCGCGCAAGGUCGAGCUGGACAUGAAGUUGGGCGGGAAGAGCGCACGGUUCGGCGAGGGGCUGAGGAUGACGCCUGCUGGUGGCGCUGGAGGUGCUGGCGGUGCUACCGCAGCUGUGGACGGGGACAGGGCGAAGAUGAUCGCGGAGCGGGACAGGCUCGCGAGGGAGACGGAGGACGACUGGGUGCAGAUGGUGAUCUUCGAGGACUGGAGCCACGGCUAUCUCCAGAUGAUGGCGCUCAUGGACGAGGCGCGCGAGGUCACAGAGGACCUUGCGGAUUGGAUCGUGGACGCGUUUGGCAGGCUGGGCGCUGAGCCUACUGCCCCUCAGGCUCCUCCCAGUGAGAGCCUGGUAGACGCGGCGACGGUACCUGAACCGAUGGAUACGCCAGCAUCAACGACAGACAAACGCACGCGCCGCAACACCCCGCCGCUGGUCAACUCUCCGCGUCCGAUUGCCGGCGACAGCCCAACCGCAACCAGAGCUGCCAACGGCACCACCCCGCAGCUGGUCAAAGGCUACCUCGACGUCGACCCCGAGUCGGGCGGCGACGAGACCCUCUCCCCGAGCGAAUCCUCCACUGAAACCGAAACCGUCCCCGUCGCACCACACAUGGAAGACAGCCCCAGCCCGUUCGCAUCAGAAACAGAAGGCGACGGCGAAGACUCGGCGAUAACAUUCGUUCCCAAGACAAAGAGGAGACAGAGCAGCACCGGCAGCGCCGGGAGCACCGGAGCCUCAGUCGGGGGCGGGACGCCCGUCGCCAGGCCCGGAUCCGGGCAUGGGACUGCAAGACGCACGUCGGAUGAGGGUACCGCGCUGAGGCUGCAGGCACACGCGCAUGCACAUGCGCACGGUCUCCAUACAGCGCUGGAUGGGGUACGUCAAGACCUGGAGCAGAAUGGACAGGAGGUUGCGGAGAGCAGCGAUGAGAACGGGACUGCAAAGGGCAACGGGAGCCCAAAGGAGAAGACCGCGGACACUGGUGCGGGGAGCUCGGGGAGCACACCGAGGGGCAAGCCUGGGACGCGGAUUAGCGAGACGGAGCUGAUGAGGAGGAGGCGGUUGCUGGACGCGCAUGUCUUCGAGUGAGGAAGAAAGUGGGCGGCUGUCGAGGAAAGUGAGAAAAGGGCUGGAGGUGGUGCUUACGACUGCAACGAUAUCAUCAAUGACAAUAGACCGAAUCUACAUGUGAUGGAUCUGCAGGACAGAUUCAAUCCAAUUAUAUUCGCUUCUAAUGUUAUGUGGUCGCGCGCCUCGUUAUGAGCCUGAGCUGCCUAUGCCUGGCGAGGGGACUAGCAAAGUAAGGAUACGAAAUGCUUCUUGCAUGAAGGGCUUCGUUCAAGCAGCAUUUGAACCCAUACGUCCAUGGCUUGGU